GCUCACCGCGGCGACAUGUCUCCCCUGUGGAUAGUGCUCACUCUACUCCCCGUUCUCGGUGGAGCGGAAAGAUUCAACUGCCGCGGACGUAUACUGGGCGCGUACUACGCGGACGCUAAGUCCGGUUGCAAGGCUUUCCAUGUGUGCGUGCGCGUGGCGGGCGGCGGCGUCCGUGACUUCCGCUUCUUCUGCCCGCCUGGCACACUGUUCCACCAGGAGGCGCAGACGUGUACCGACUGGGGGGACGACGAUCCGCUCGCUUGCCCCGACAUCUACGACGGUCAGUUCGAUCUCUACAAGAUCGGAUCCGGUUUUGACACUAAGAAACUGUCUCAAGGCAAUCGCGAAGAUGAGACCGAGUUUGGUCUGCAGCGUGCGGAGACCGGCGACCGACGCCUGGCGCAGCAUGCCGCACCAGCAGCCCCUGCCGCCGCCAAUGACCUCCGCGCCGCGCACUCUUCGGACUUCUUCAGUGGCCAGCGUGAUCGCGGUCGCGACGAUCUCAUACAAUCCGCCCCGCAAGUGCAGCAGCCGACGUCAGCGCAGCCCCCGCAGUCGCGGCAGUCGUUCCGACGACCCACUACACCGCGACCGAGUCCCCCUUCCACAUUGUACACCACCUAUCACCCUUCGCCCUCUUCCUCAACUGUGCCCGCAUUGCAAAAGGGUAAUCGCUACGAGCAAGGGCUCAAACGUAAAGUAGCAAGAAAACGUCCAAUUUACACCACAACACAAUUGCCUGUGACGUUCCCUCCGAAUACUUUCGCUCCCCAAGUUUAUUCCGAACAGCCGAAAAAUUACAAUAGAAGAAUUCCUUCGCAAAAUACGCAAAGUAUCGCUUCGACGCCGAAUGUUCCGCCACAAUACAAAGACGAAUAUGUUGAAGUUAGCAGAGUGACACCGAAACCGAAUAGAUAUUUCCCUAACAGCCCCACACCGACGCCUUUUAUUCUGCCGACGACAGAACAAUCGAAAAAGAAUGGUUUCGGUGAAGUCUAUAACUAUGACACACAAUCGACGCCCGGAUUCAAACAGAACGAGAAUCGCCCAUUUAAAGUAAGAAAUAGUUUUAGCGUAGUACCUGACGUGCCCAAAGAAAACUACUUCCUUAGAAACCAGCCUUUCAACGGCAACGCUGAAAGAGGUACUCCUAAUACUAAUGAAUACAGCACUACCACGCGUAAUUACAUUACAACUACGUCCUCUUACAAAAAUAUAAAUAGUAUCGCCUAUGAACCAGAGAAAAACAAUUAUAACCAAUUCUCAAGCUCGAAGCAAAAUUAUUACAAUAAUCCGACAACCACAUCUUCUCCUAUCACUACUACAUACACUACGACCGCACGAUAUGAACCUCCACAAAGUCUAAAUACCAUUGCAUAUAAUACUAACAACGCCUUCAAUGCACAAACAUCUAACUUCGCGGACAGCAGCGAAGACGACGGCCAAUACCGACCACCUGAAGGUGAGGACGACGGACAGUAUAGGCCCGAGUUGUACGAGAAAGAACUUCUCUCGGGGGCACACUCGAUUAAUAUAGCCGCUAGCGGUAACAGGCUCUUCGAAGACCAAAAGGAGCAAAGUAAAAAUCAGAUCUCUCGGAAGCCCGUCGCAAAAACUUCUCCGCCGAGACCUUUUAGACCGGCUCCGACUCCUGCCGCGCCCACAGUCACGUCGCGCACCGCUGAAGUAACUUACCCUACUACAACCAGACCCAUCUCAGAAAACACACAGCGGACGUUCGACUACUAUCAAACAUAUACCACAACAUCUAGACCUUUCGAUGCAUCGGGACAUACUAACAAUGGCGAGAAAGUUCCAUUAAGAAUAACGAGUGCGUCACCCUCGAGGACCUAUGAAAAUACAAGAAAUCAAAAUAGACAAACGGAUUCUGUAUCCAUUCCAUCUACGCCCGUUCCAAAACCUAACCAUCAUCCUCAUCACCAUUCGAAGUCUAUCAAUAAAGAGGACAACAGCUACGAUUACGCAUACUACGACUCGGACCCUGGCUUCUCAGAAUACGACCAAAUAGAAGAAUUUGGUAGAACUAAUACUAAAGCGUAAGUUACAAAUUGCCAUUAUUAUAGUUGCCUCGAUAAAUUCGUUUCUAGGUUAUCAUUUCGAAGCAUCGAUUUGAGCAACAUUAAAAUUUAAGUUAAUAACGUUUUUAGAUGUUUUGUUAGAAUUAAUAAUCAAAACACAUUCAAGCUUUUAUCAUACAAGUGUUCAGCAAAAUAAUCCUAACAUUGACUGUAUCAAUGCCUGCCUGUGCACAAUUUAUGUGAAAUCGUGUAAGUAGUCACAAAUAUAGUUGUAAGAAGAGAUAACACAGAGUACAAUUAAUUUGUAAAUACGCCUACAGUUUUAUUUAAAUUAAAUUAUGCUUCAUUCAGACUGAAAAAUUGCCAGUUCUAUUUAAAAUAUCUAUUGAGGCUUGUUCGUAUUAAAGUAACCCUAAAUUAUUUUUGUGAUAUUAUUUUUGAAUAUGUCUUUUCCGAUUAGUAUAAGAUAUAUGUACUUUGUAAUUAUGAUUGCAAGUCUUACAAUGGCAGUUGUGAAAUUAUUAUUCUGUAUUGUCCAAGUAUUUGCAAGCCACACACGAGAAGUUGUAACGAGUUAUUGUAAAAUAAAUAAUUGUAAAUAAAAUUUUUAUAAAUACAAUGAUGUUUUGUAAUGUUUAAUUCAAGGCGUGCGAAAUAGUUAACAAGUAUGUGAAUGGUUAGGGAACAAUUUUGCAGUU